GAAGCGCUGAUAUGCCAUGCUGUUAAGAUGGAGGACGACCCCACGUAUAUCGUUGGGUACGAGCCGCAUGCGUCCGGAGAGAUCGCCCAUCACAUGAUGCUGUACGGGUGUGAGGAGCCGGGGAGUACUGACGAGAUGUGGAACUGUGAGGAGACCCGGGGAGGCGGGCGGGUGUGUGCGGACGGGGAGGGGCAGGACUCCCGCCAGGUGGUGUACGCCUGGGCCCUGGACGCUCCGGCACUCUACAUGCCGGAAGACGUCGGCUUCCGAGUUGGCGGGACAACACGGAUCAAGUAUAUCGUACUGCAGCUGCACUACAAGAACAAGCUGCCAGCGGGAACCAAUGACAACUCUGGAGUCACACUGCACAUGCAAAGGAAACAACCGAAAUUCCAGGCUGGGUUUUACGUGCUUGGCACAUGGGGAUCCAUACCUCCACACGUGGAGGACUACCACAUGGAGACCGCCUGUGAAUAUACGGAUCCAUCUCCCAUGUAUCCCAUUGCCUACCGGACUCACUCGCACAGUCUGGGGGUGGUUACGUCAGGCUAUCGAAUCCGCAACAACCAAUGGACGGAGAUUGGCCGGAUGUCUCCCCAGAGGCCACAGAUGUUUUAUAACGCCACCACACCUGGGAUGUCGGUACUGCAGGGUGAUGUCCUGGCCGCGCGUUGUACGAUGACAAGUGACAGGGACACUGUGACAAAGAUUGGGGAGACCAAUGCUGACGAGAUGUGCAACUUCUACAUCAUGUACUACACCGGACGAACGGACGAUCUCACCGUGCGGUGGUGUUUCCAAAAUAACUACCAUUGGGAGGAACAUUUCUCCGGCAUUCCCGACAAGGCAAGCUCAUUGGACGGCAUCCCGCCAGCUGAUGAUGACGUCAUGGAUCAUCAGGUGCACCACCAUGAUUGAUGCAUUUCUGCUGUAUACGCUAGGUGGCGUACCUGACUAAUAAACUUGCAUGUAACAAGUU